ACGGGAUAUUAUGGAGAUCAAUGUCAAUACAGCUGCUCACAACAUUGUUUGAACAAUACGUGUAAUCAAACAACUGGCUUCUGCUAUUUAUGUCCGGCGGGCUUUGCUGGCGAUAAAUGUGAAAGUAGAACAUGUCCACCUAACUGUUCAAGUUGUAAUGGACCGUUAUGUUCCAAUUGCAGUAGUGGAUUUCAUGGUAUCAGUUGCCAGAUUGCAUGCAGUACAAACUGUUCUCAAGAAGGUUGUAGUAUUAUUACCGGUUCUUGCGUAAAAUGUAAGAUGUCCAAUUUAUACGGUGCUACAUGCAAUGAAACAUGUAGCUCCAACUGCAGUUACAGCAUGUGUGACCGUUAUACAGGUGAAUGUACAAAGGGAUGUGUAGGAAAUUAUUUCGGAAAUAAAUGUGAUAAUAUUUGCCCUGCUUAUUGCACACGCACGGGGACAAACAAUUCAUGUUCACAAGACGGAAAAUGUAUAAAUGGAUGUGCGCAAAAUUACUACGGGCCUCUAUGUAGUAUGCCUUGUCCUACUAAUUGUGCUGGAGGUGCGGAUGGCAGAUUAUGUUCCAGUGACGGUACUUGCAUUAACGGAUGUAGACUUGGAUUCGGUGGUUCACAGUGCAAUGUUACUUGUCCAGUGACUUGUGCCGAAGUCGCCUCUGGCAGCAGAUGUUCUGACAAUGGCUCAUGUGCUGCAGGCUGCAUUGAUAGAUACUCGGGAGAAAAAUGCAAACUUCUCACCAGUACAGAAUCAUCAGCGGCUUACACAAGUGGAAACGCAGCGGCCAUUGCAGGUCCUGUUGUUGGUGGGGUUUGUUUUAUUGCUGGAUGCGUGAUCAUCACACUGCUGGUGAUGAAAAAGAGACAGAAACAAAAAGAUACCAACGAAUAUUAUAACGUAAGGACUUUUGCAGCAGGUAGUCAAGCCACACCUGCUAACACACAAAAAGAUGCAGAGUCCGACUAUACAGAUUUGGGCGUCAGUCGCGAGCAAAUGAAUACGUAUUCUUCUCUGCGCGAAGGUUCUCACAUUUUAAAUUCCCAACAAACACACAGAGACGCCGAAACUAACUAUACAACUUUGGGUGACAAGCGGGGAGAAGGACAUACGUAUUCCAAUCUCAGCGAAGGAAAUUCGUUAUCUUGAAUUAAACUACCUGCAUAAUGGCAUUUACUUUGAGCUCGACGAUUAGACCCAUCUUGGACCAUAUCUUUUUGAAUCCUGGAAUCUUCCACUACUACAACUUUGGUUAAAAACCUAAAUAAUGAGUGAAUAUAAUAAGAAUACACAUAUGAUUGUAUUUGUAAUAAUGAUACAUAUAUAUUGUGUACAUAGUUAGUAAUGUUUAUAUUUUUCAUGUUCGUAGUUUUUUAAGCGCUGCACAUUUGAUUAACAUACAUUUACUAUAAAACUAUUGAAAUGUGUAUAUAUUUAAUACGUAUUUUGUGUAAAGUAAAGGUAUAAUGAAUAGCUAAAAAGCACAUGUCUUUGACAAUAACAAUUUCAAGUGUUCAAACACCCAUCGUUUAUUUGAUGUCCUUAUAUUGAAUAGAAAACUUUUCCAAAAAUUUAUUUAACAGAAAACACGAGUGAUUUUAACAGGAAUUAUUAUUUUAAACAACACAACUACGUUUGGUGAAUUUAUGCAUACCUCUAUAGCCACUGUUUGAUCGUAUUUAACUUCAGCCAUGUGACUUUUAGACAGAAACGGAUGUUCCAAUCAUACAUGGUUUGCGAUAGCGGAUGUCUGCUCUUAAAGGAUUUUAAGAUUAAGACUAUCUCUUUUGUGAAGUCAUAAUAUUUUUAUUUUAACUAGCUGUUAUUAUUGUAUUCACUUGAAACAAUGAAUCAAUUUUGAAACAGUUUAACUAUACUAUUUUUGUAGCUAACGAUGAAUAUAAACAACCCAGCUAUGCAAUUAGGCCUUUUAGAACUUUAUUGCAUCGGGGAUUGCAAGACGAUAAUCUUAAUUUAAAAACUAUAUGAUGCCAAGUCUCUGAAGCUUUGUAACAAAGGGACAAGAUGUAGUUCAUACUCGUGUUGGAUUUAUUUCAUCAUGCCUCAGAAAGUUACGGUUCUUGUGCUUAUUCUGUAUGUAAUUGAAGAGGAGUUAAAUAGUUAUUAAAUCAAAAUGUAUUCUCUUGUAUUGUUAUCGGGAUACCAUGAUGUUAACAUUAUAUGCACUUUAUUAUUGAAUAUAUCAUUUGAGCAAAGUAUGAGGUUAAGAGCUCCUUGAAACCGGUUUAAAACAUAAUUUCGUUUGUAUUCACCAUCGCAAGGUAUUGACCACAAUUAUGUGCACGCGUUUGCUUUUUUACAUUUUGUGUAAGUGUGUGUGCGUGCGUGCGUGUGCGUGUUCGCGCGCGCGUGUAAGUGCGUUCGUGUGUGUUAAUAUGUUUUUUUUAAGUAAACUUCGAGAAAAGCAACGCAAUAUGUAUCAUGUAUUUUAGGAAAAAAAAUGUUUAUCACAAGUCAAUACGUUCAAAUAAAUCACUCGGUGAAACACAUUUAUAGAUUGUGGGACUAGAACUUCAAAAUCUAUACUGUGAGUGACGAGCAGGA